AUGGACACGCACGAUGUCCCGGCGUUCCCUCGACGCCACCACAUUCUCGUGAUGCAGGAGAAGACUUGGAUGGAAUCCAACGUGUCGCGCGACAACAUUUUCGAGUCCCACGUCAGCAAAGUGGGCAUCGACACAGCUGCGUUGCUGGGGUAUGCCUUGUCUCCCUUACCUCCACAUGUCACGUCGCAUUGCCAACCCCUAGAUGUCUCGAUCAUAGCGCCGUUCAAACGCCACCUAUGCGACCUAUGGAUAGCUGACGACAUGAAUGACAACGAGUGA